AUGUACUUCUUGAGAAUAUUAGGUGAAAUCUUCCAAGUCUGGGCGACAACUGCUGAAGAACUUGCAGAGCUUCCAUUUUAUGAGGCUGAUAUUGAGGAGCUGUUUGAAGUUCGCAAUAGAGUAGAUGCACGGAGAACUUACAAAACCCGCCGUCCCAAACAGAAAAAUAAACUGACCCGUGAAAUGGGAGAGAAAGGUUCUGCAGUGGGGGAGAAGAGGAGGAAGCCACCAAACUAUUUUGUUGCAAUACCUAUGACAAACCAGCAGAUUUUGGACAAAAUUGAGGAAAUCCAGGAACUGCUGGUGACUAAAGAACCAAAACUGCUUCCAGCUGUGAUUCCUGUUGGAAGGAUGCACCUGACCAUCGUUGUUGCUCACCUAAAUAAACCAGAAGAAGUAGAGAAAGCUGUGUCAGCACUGCAACAGUGUAAAAGCAAGGUGGAUGCUAUUCUGGAGGGAAAACCUUUAAUUCUGCAAUUCCGGGGAAUAGGGCAAUUUAAAAACCAGGUCCUGUUCGCAAAACUGUCAGAAGACACUGAUGAUAAAGUAAUCUCUACUCUGAAAGCAGUGGCUGAAUCUGUGGAGGUAUUGUUUCGAGAAUUAGGUGUGAAUAUUGAAGACAGCAAUGAGUUCAGGCCCCAUGCAACCUUUCUGAAGCUUUCUAAAUCUCCUGUUCUUCGCCGUAAGGGUUUUAGAAAAAUCUGCCCAGAGCUCUACAAAGAAUAUGAAGAGGCUGUCUUUGGCACAGAAGUGUUUCAACGUAUUGAUCUCUGUUCAAUGCACAAGAAAAAGCAACCCUCUGGUUAUUAUCAUUGUGAGAGCUCAAUAGAUGUAGGACUUGAUAGUACACCACUUCCUUCUUCCGACUUCCCUACAGAGAAUGUGGAUGCGGCCAGAACCCCAGCAUUUCCAGAAGGGUCAGUGCAGCAGGUGGAGCCUGAAAUGCCACUCAAGUCAGAAGACCAUGAAGAGUUAUGCACAGACUCUUCUGCUGUUUUGACAGAGCAACCUGCCUCUGGGCCUGCAGAACCGCCAGAAAAUGCACAAAGCCCUUCGAGUAGCCAGUUGCCUCCUGUCUGUGACACUCCAGUGGAUCAACCCUGUACUACUAGUUUCAUAGAUGUACAAAAAGAGGGAUUUGAUUCAAUUCACAGUGACUUAAUGGAUUUAGAAAUGACUGCCCAAUCUAGCCUGGAGGUCCCUCCGGCUAAGCUACAAAAUAGCGUGCAUCUCCUACCAGCUAGCAUUCAGGAAGAACCUGAAAAACAUUCAGCCCCCUCUGGAUUAUCUGUGACACAAACUGAAAUGCAAGAGCUCAAGUGCAUUGUGCAGUCUGGAAUGGAGCAAUUGGACAGAUCUGUCCAGUACGGGUUUGCACAGUUGAACAGUAACAUCGCUGGACUGAGUCAGAAUAUUGCUGACUUGGUGAAGAUUCUUACUCUGAUUCAUUCUUGUGAUCCUGUGGAUGCAUCCUGUCAAAAUGUCUGA